AUGGCAAGCGUAAAGGGAGCAGGAGGACAAUCCAAAACUAAAUCAGUUGAACAACGGACAAGGUUACCAUUGGCUUUGAAACCAUCAAGUACCACCAAAUCAUCAACAACAACUUCGAACAAAACAACAUCAUCAUUACCACCAACCACCAUGACUUCUAAUGAAACAUCAUCAUUACCAUCAACCGUCACAACUUUUAAUGAAGCAUCCUCAUCAUUAACAAAGACUGGAAAUCAAACAUCAGCAUCAAAAACAAAUGUUAACCAAGUAGGAUUAUCAACGACAGUUAAAAUGAAAAAAUCAAAAUCAAUUUCAAAAUCUCAAAUAAUUAUUGAUAAUGGUGGUGAUAGUGAUCAAGAACAAGAAUUUGAUCUAAAUAUAUCUAUUGAGGAAUCAGGUGGUCUCGAGAAGUUUUAG